AAGACAAUUUCCUCACUGCAGUGGAAAAACCUGUUUUCCAGCCUUUUGUAUUCUAUAAAAGCUGGCACUCAUGCAAUCUUUACUGUCUUUGCAUCUCAGUCUGUCUACUUACUAAUUCAUCAUCGUCAGGAAUUUCGUUGCUUCUCAGUGUCGUGUUAUACGUUAAUCUAAAGAUUCCAACCAUGAUGAAAGCUCUACAGUGGGACGCGAAAAGCGAGCAGCUGUCCAUGGUGGAGGCUCCUGUUCCUACCGUCACCAACCCGUUUGAUGUGGUAGUCAAGGUUGGGUUUGUCGGUGUGUGUGGCAGUGAUCUGCUCGUGCUAAGGAAAAUCCACCCGGCUGCAGAAAAAGUCAUUUUAGGCCAUGAGUUUGCAGGGACAGUUCACGCCGUGGGUACCAUGGUCUCCUCCCUUAAGGUUGGGGACAGAGUCUGCGUCAACCCCAACGGGAACUGCAACGGCUGCAGGUUCUGUAUCCAGGGACAGCCCCACUUCUGCAUCACGGGAAAGAGCGCCAAAAACAUCCGCGACCUCGGGAUAUUCUGGGACGGCGCCAUGGCAGAGUUCUGCAUGGUGCCUGCUGACCAGGUGUUUCGUAUCCCAGAUGACAUGUCCCUCCAGCAGGCAGUGCUGUGUGAGCCGUACUCGUGUGUCAUACAUGGCUAUGAGAGGCUCGGCCCACUGCUGCCAGAAACACGCAUUCUGAUUCUGGGUGCUGGUAUUAUUGGAAUGCUAUUUGCGGCCUUAUUCCAGCAUCGUGGGUUUUCUGAUGUGACGGUAAGCGAGCCGUCUGAGCUACGCAGGAAAACUGUGUCAGGGAUCGGGAAGGGCUGCAAAGGAGUCUCGCCUGCUCAGCUGAAAAGUCAAAGUAUAGAGGGAAGUUGCUGAUUUUUGGCUGUUGCCCAGCUGACAAGCAGCUCAGCUUCAACCCACACGAUGCCUGGAUGAAGGAAAUCACCAUCCUCGCCUCCAGAAUCAACCCUUUCUGCUUCCCCAAGGCCAUUGCUCUGGUCAAGAACAUGGCCGCCGACUACCUCAGCUUCGACCAGCUUGGCGUGAAAGUGUUCUUCAUGAAUGACUACCAGGACGCAAUCCAAAAGCUGAAGAAUGGGGAGAUCACCAAGGCAUUGCUGGAGCCCUCAGGACCAGGGGAAUCCAACAAUGUAUAAUGGAUGAUCAAGUCAUGAUGCAUUUAUUACUACAUGGGAUGGGUGAAUGUGUGUAGUAAGCGCAAUAUCUGCAUGGGAAUAGUAGAUGAUAUUUUUGCGAUUGUC